AUGGCAGAUAGUGAAGCGAAAGCUCGUAAAAAGCUUGAGGAGGCGGAAAAAAAGUCAAAAGGAUCAAGUGGUUUUUUCGCAGGACUAUUCGGCAGCAGCAAAGCCGAUGAAGCUGUUGAGCUUUACGUCCAAGAUUUGCCUUGUCCAGAGGUUAUUCUCCUUUGUACAGAAAAUGGUUGCGGAGAAACGUUCGACGAUAUCGUUUCUUACGAAGAUCACGUUUUAUACUCACACACGUUCCAAUGCAUAAUUUGCGGGCGACGAUGCUUUUGUAAUCCCUAUGAGAGAGAUAUGCACUGUUUAAAUGAGCAUGGGAUUUCGGAUGGUAAUUCUGUAUCUGUUAGAAGAAAAGUACCACAGCGAGUUUCAAUCGCGACGUCGGAAAUUCAUCAGUCAUUACAAAAAAAGACUUGUUCAAAAAAGGCACCGAGAGAAUUGUGGAUAAGUGUUGCUGUUGCAAAUUUCAAUUUUUCUUGCUUGGUUGGAUAUUUUAAUGCAGGAAAUCUUUUCAAAGUGGCUAAACUUUGGAAAGAUGCUGGAGACGCAUUCGUGAAGGCCGCGGAACUAAAUGCUGCAAAAGGUGAUGCCAAACAUGAUACAGCUACUAAUUACGCUGAGGCAGCAAACUGUUACAGGAAGGUUAAUCCACAGGUGGCAGUUGAUUGCCUGAUGAAGACAGCAGAUAUUUACACAGAUAUGGGCAGGUUUAACAUGGCUGCUAAAAAUCACUGCGCUAUUGCCGAACUAUUUGAAAAUGAGUGUCCAGAUGUUGCUCAAUGCAUGGCACAUUAUCAGAAGGCAGCAGACUAUUACAAAGGGGAAGAGAGUAAAAGCUCCGCCACAAAGUGUUUGAUUAAAGUCGCUCAGUACGCUGCUCAGCUUGAACAGUACAGGAAAGCAAUACAAGUUUUUGAAGAAAUUGCAAUGUGGGAAGCGGAUCAUCAGACUUUGAAGUAUGCUGCCAAAAACCAUUUUUUCCAAGCUCUUCUUUGUCACCUUUGCGUUGAUUUGUUGGAUGCACAGCAUGCAUUGAAGAGGUAUAAGGAAAUAUCACCUUCUUUUGCUGAUACUCGCGAGUGCAAACUCAUCAGUGAACUAAUUGAAUGUAUGGAGGAGGAGAAGCAGGACAGUUUUACGGAUGCUGUGAAAAAUUACGACAAAAUUUCUCACCUAGAUCAGUGGCAUACUGCUCUUUUGGUCAAGAUCAAAAGAUCUAUUGCUGGCGAAGGAGACGACCUCAAGUAG